GUAAAAACUUAUAUAAUAAUGAACAUGUAGCCAUUAAAUUGGAAUCUAUGAAGUCAAAAGCUCCUCAGUUACAUUUAGAGUAUAGGUUUUACAAAUUACUUGGUAACCAGGAGGGCAUACCAAAGGUGUUUUAUUUUGGACCAUGUGGGAAAUAUAAUGCACUUGUCAUGGAGCUCUUAGGACCUAGUUUAGAGGAUCUGUUUGAUUUAUGUGAUCGAAAAUUUAGCCUGAAAACUGUCCUCAUGAUUGCUAUACAAUUGCUUCAUCGUAUUGAAUAUGUUCAUUCCAAACAUUUGAUAUAUAGGGAUGUGAAACCAGAAAACUUUCUGAUAGGAAGACAGUCAACAAAAAAACAUAAUAUUAUUCAUAUCAUAGACUUUGGUUUAGCAAAAGAAUAUAUAGAUCCUGAAACAAAUAAACAUAUACCAUAUAGGGAGCAUAAAAGUCUUACAGGCACAGCAAGGUAUAUGAGCAUUAACACACAUUUAGGAAAAGAGCAAAGUCGCAGAGAUGAUUUAGAAGCUUUAGGACAUAUGUUUAUGUAUUUCCUUAGAGGUAGUUUACCUUGGCAAGGUCUUAAAGCUGACACUUUAAAAGAAAGAUAUCAAAAGAUAGGUGACACCAAAAGAGCAACUCCUAUUGAAAUUUUAUGUGAUGGUUAUCCUGAUGAAAUGUCUACUUACUUACAUUAUGUAAGAAGACUUGAUUUUUUUGAAACACCUGACUAUGAUUAUCUGAGAAAAUUGUUUCAAGAUCUCUUUGAUAAGAAAAAGUAUGUAGAUGAUGCAGAAUUCGAUUGGACAGGAAAACAACUGAACAAAAAACCUCGCCAAUUUGGUUCAGUUAUUAUAGUCGAUCAUUCAAAGCCACCAGAGAUGAACGUCUUGAGCAGCAAUUUGGCUCCGAACGAUCGCCAUGAUUCCGUCCAAGUCGUCAGCUCCACAUACAGUGAAGCACCAGAUAACCCAACUACAGGGCACUCAAACACACCCAUUGCAAUACCUAAUGAAGUGGAAGUCAUCUCAGAGACAAAAUGUUGUUGCUUCUUCAAACGAAAAAAAAAGAAACCAAGCCGCCAGAAAUGACUCGCAGUCACUUGUAGUCCUGAGCAAGAAGUUGUGUUACUGCACACUUCCCCAUCAGAUUCCAAGGAGAGUCUGAGCGUACGAACUGCUACGGUUUGAGAAAAUAAAUCCCUCUUCAUCACACAUUCUAAUUCAUUAAGGGCUUAUCCAUCAUUUGUCAGCUGUGCGAGCUGUCUGACGCCUCAACUGCAGCAUUUCCGUGUUUUGGCUCAUACAAAGCUGUGAUUAACUUUUCCUUCUUUGGAAAUGUGUAUGAAAAAAAAUUCACUUAAUGUCACUCUCUCCUUGUUCUCUAGUGGACAAGAUUUCAUUGCGCAGUACUUGCAACUUGGGUUUAGAUUUGAUACUAACAGAAAUUACCAAAGUGUAGCCUUUUGGGAAAGCUGGAAUUUGCAGGCUAGAGUUUCCCGAGAUGCCCAGUUAUCUAUUUUUAUUUUAAAUCUGUUUUAAGGCUUUUAAUUGUAACAUUUUGUUUUCCCAUAUAGGCUGCUAUAGUCAAUUACAAUUAGUCAUCAGCUUGUACUCAACUCAUUGAAUUUGAAACAAAAGUUAUUUCUGUGUUUUGGAAGUACAUAUGAAGCAUAAAGCCUACUUGGGCUUAGGUUUUUCUUUUUUUUUUUUCUUUUUUUUAAUAUCAAGUUACAUAUUUUUAUUUUCAUUUGCCAAAGCUAUUAUUUUUGAGUUGCAGGGUUUACAUUUGCAAUAAUUGAAAAUUCUUUUCAGCAUUGAAAGAAUUUUUCAACAUUAACCAAAAUGAUCCCCGUGGUAAAUUUUAUGGAUUGGUCUAUGAAACAGCGAUUUAACUUCAUUAAUAACCAUACUUUACAUUCUCCUUGCACAAAAGCAUGAAGUCUUUCCUGUGUUGUAGAGUUUGAAUUCUUGGGACAGUUUGAAUGAAAAAACUUGAAUGUUGUUUGGGAUAUUGUUAUAUACAGUAAAUUAUAAAUAUAUAUAUAUAAAUAAAAUUAUUCUAAUUACCAGUGCUAUCUGCUGUCACUGGUGUAAUUUUGCUCUCUGUAAAUAGUAUGUUAUUAUUGUCUUAACCUUUAUCAGUACUUUCAGGAUAGGUAUGACGACUUAUGACAUUUUCAAGUAAAUCUUAUUCUUUCAAGAUACACUGCUAGCUAAUGUUUGAAACUUACAUUAGAAAACCAUAAUGAGCUCAUAGUAAUAAAGUUGUGCACUUUGAAUUUUAGUGUAUAUUUUUUUAUGUAUUCAUUUUGAGCUCCUUAAUGUGUUCACAUAUUUCAUCCAAUACAUUUCUCCAAAAUUUUUUGAACGAUACUUAACCCAAGACCAAAAUUUAUUUUUACUAUAAUGUGCUACGUGUUGGUUCUCAUUGCUUGAUGUAUGUUGCAUGUGUUAAAUCUUUAUUAUGCUUUUAAAUUUUGACAAAUUGUGAUACUUGACUAAAAUCAUUAAAUAUAUUUUCUUGUAUAAGCAACCAAAGCCCCCCCCCCCCCUUUUUUUUUUCUUUAAACAAAAUUUUGGUCUUUGGUGGUAAGCAAUUUUACCCUUUUAUUUUUAACUCCAUCCCCUAUUUUAUCAGUAAAUAUAUUUAAUAUAAAACUAUAGACAGUUAAUUUGACAGAUGGCAGGCAUAUUUCCUUAUUCACUCCUAAGACUGUUAGGUUGUCAACUUCUAAACUGCAAGUUAGUUUUGCUUCUGUUAGUUAUGCAGUCAAAUUUUUUGUAAUUAGGGUUGUAUAUUGUGGAAUUUUUCCUAAAUAUGGCAGUAUGUGCUUUUUAUUUAAUACUUGUUAGUUCUUUUAGUUUUAAAUUAUUUAAAUUUAUAAACAUUGAAAACAAAUGCUCACUCUUUUCCGUUUGUGAGGUUUUAGUCAAAUUUUGUGGUGUCUUGAUAUUUUUUUUUCUUCCAAAAGCGUGUAUGAAAUAAUGCUGCCAGCUGUAUUUUACAGAGUCCAGUUGAAAACCUAUUUUUAUGUAUUAAUAUAUGUUGUUUUUGAACUGAAAUAUUGUUUAUAUUUUAGUUGUAUUAUUUUUUAUAAGACACGGGAUAGUUUAAAUUUUCCAGCACAUAAAAUGCCCAUGCCUUUUUAAAUCUAUUUCUUGAAUUGAAAUCAUUUUCCCGAAUGGAUUUUUUUGUAGCUGUUUUGUACAAUCAUUAAAAAAUUGAAUUAUUUGUACUAUGUAUAGAUGGAAUAAAGAAAGCUGUCUGAAUCAAA